GGUAUACUCAGAUGCGCGAUGCGCAGUCGUAUUGAUAUACAUGUAGAAUUGUUCGCGACGUGGUCUGUUGAGUGGUCAUAUACAACCGGUUGUUUUCUUAUGACUAACACGUUCAAGUGAUACAUGAUUCCCUUUUAUCGAUCGUGUUUUAGAAAUAGAAAUAAAUUGUUAAGUUUCCAUCAAUUUUUUUUUUAAAUUUAUUUCGCUGACAAAAAGUGCAUCUCAAUUCAACGUUUCAAUAUAUAUAAAUUAUACGUGCUGUCAAACGUCGUGCCGUAUGAUAGUUUUUCAUCACUCCUGUCACUAUUUGUAUAUUUUACAGAAUCAGUGCAAAAAGGGAUUAUUAUCUUGAUUAUUAUUCGAGAUGUUCAGUUGGUUAACUCGGGAAGAAAGCGGUAAACAGGAUCUCUUUGAAAAUGUUGCUGAUGGCCUCAAAAAAAUAUAUAAAUCAAAAUUAUUGCCUCUUGAACAACAUUAUCAAUUCCAUGAUUUUCAUUCACCUCAACUUGACGAUCCAGAUUUUGAUGCAAAACCCAUGAUCCUUUUGGUGGGUCAAUAUUCCACAGGCAAAACUACUUUCAUCAAGUAUUUGCUAGAACGAGACUUCCCUGGAAUAAGAAUUGGACCUGAACCAACGACAGAUCGCUUCAUUGCAGUUAUGUACAAUGAGAAAGAGGGUGUAAUCCCUGGGAAUGCUUUAGUUGUUGACCCAAACAAGCAGUUUCGUCCACUUUCUAAAUUCGGAAAUGCUUUCCUUAAUAGAUUUCAAUGUUCUACGGUCGCAUCUCCUGUUUUAAAAGGCAUAUCUAUAGUUGAUACACCUGGUAUCUUAUCAGGCGAAAAACAAAGGGUGGACAGAGGUUAUGACUUUACUGGCGUUAUGGAAUGGUUUGCCGAACGAGUAGAUAGAAUUAUCUUAUUAUUUGAUGCUCAUAAACUUGACAUUUCUGAUGAAUUCAGACGUUUGAUCGAGGCAUUACGUGGUCAUGAUGAUAAAAUUAGAAUUGUUCUCAAUAAAGCUGAUAUGAUUGAUCAUCAACAACUCAUGAGAGUAUAUGGAGCAUUAAUGUGGUCUUUAGGAAAAGUUUUACAAACUCCUGAAGUAGCUAGAGUAUAUAUUGGUUCAUUCUGGGAUCAGCCUUUAAGAUAUGAUGUAAAUAAAAGAUUAUUUGAAGAUGAGGAACAAGAUUUAUUCAAAGAUAUGCAAUCAUUACCUAAAAAUGCAGCGCUUAGAAAGCUUAAUGACUUGAUUAAACGUGCACGGUUAGCAAAGGUGCAUGCUUAUAUAAUCAGUGCUUUAAGAAAAGAUAUGCCUAGUGUGUUUGGUAAAGAUACUAAAAAAAAGGAACUUAUAAAAAAUUUGGGUCAAAUUUAUGAUCAAAUACAAAGAGAACAACAGAUUUCACCUGGUGAUUUUCCAGACUUGAAAAAAAUGCAAGAAUUCUUAGCUCAUCAUGAUUUUAGUAAAUUCAAUACUUUGAAACCUAAAUUGUUAGAAGUGGUUGAUAAUAUGCUUGUUAAAGAUAUUGCUCAACUUAUGAGUAUGAUUCCUCAUGAAGAAAUUGGUACAACAUCAGAUUUAUUCGUGAAAGGCGGUGCAUUUGAAGGAGUAGUUGAUCAAGUGAGUCCAUUUGGAUAUAAACGAGGGGAAGGUAUCGAUGCUGGUGCAGGUGAACCGGAAUGGAUAGUUAAUAAGGAAAGAUAUAAAUACAAUGCAAUAUUCGAAAAACUCGGUCCAUGUGAUGGAAAAAUCACAGGUGCAGCGGCUAAAUCGGAAAUGGUAAAAUCAAAAUUACCGAACAAUGUACUUGGAAGAAUUUGGAAAUUAUCCGAUAUAGAUAAGGAUGGAUUUCUAGAUUCUGAUGAAUUUGCUUUAGCAAUGCAUUUAAUUAAUGUAAAACUCGAAGGUUAUGAUCUACCUGCAGAAUUACCAGAUCAUUUAAUACCGCCAUCGAAGCGGAAUGCAUAAUUUAAUUUUCAAUAUUAUAUUCAUAUCUGUUCAUUAAUAUGGUUUGAUGUAUGUUUGGUAUAUGUUUACUACGCACACAUACAAUUAUAUUUAUUAAUAUAUAUAUAUUAUAUAUAUAUAUAUAUAUAUAUAUAUAUACAUACAUAACUCGCCAAUACAAUAUCGCCAAAUAUCAAAUCGAUCAAUGUUGCUAAAUUUGUUAAAUGUUCGGAAGAAUACGCGAACUUUAGUCAUGAACUUUAUUUCAUUAAAUAUUUUUAUAGUUUUUAUCCAAUUAAAAUACAAAAAAUUUGAGAAAAAAUAAUAAUAAAAUGGUUUUUCUUAAAUUGCAAAUUGUUUUUCACGCAGCUUAGCUUAUUCAAUGCUUUCGAAAUAUACCACAUACUUUUUCGAGUUACGCUUUCUAUAUUCAAACAUUUGGAUUUUUGAUAAAAGUACAAACUUUUACUUUUUCUCAUUUUUUUUUUCUUUCUUUAUUUCAUAUCACAUCAGGAAUUAAUAAUAAAACUCUGUUAAUUUGAAUAUUUUUUAUGAAUUGUAAA